GUGUAUAGAGCUUGACAACAUCAGAGAUAUUUGGAGAUAAGCUGCCCUUGAAGGACUUUAUAGAUAAGAGCCAUCUCUUAAAUUACACUCAGAAUCAAACUGGUAACCAGUACAACUUUAUGCCUAUUGCUUCUCUACUAAGCAUUGUGUUUUCUCAAAUUCCACCUACGCUAGACAAACAAGGCUGCAUUGUGCAACUUCUGAACUCAGUAAGUAAAUUCUGAGCAUAGAAUAAUGUAUUUACUAAAUUGCCUGAAUAUGAAUACUGAUAAAUUAGCCCCUUAGGAAUUCAGCCAUACUAGUAGAUCAAUUCAUAGUGUAGACAUAUAACUGCUUAGAUGUGAAAUCAAGUUGUUGACAUUCCAAAAACUGAGUAGAUCUUCUAAUGAUACCAGAUUCAAUGGUAUUAGAUAUGAUAGCUUUCAGUCACAUUUAUAUAUGCUAUGUUUCAGAGAACAUGAAACUGUUUAUAUCUUUUUUUGUUUGACCCUAAACAGGUUGGCUCAAGAUAUUUUGCAUUUGAAAUCAAGGACAAAAGAGCCCUUACUUUAUCUCGUGCAGAAGGCAACUGGAUUGGCAGUAGAACUGUAUUUGAAUGACAACAAUGAGAUAGCAUUGAGCAGUGAGAUAAAAACUAAAGGUUAUAGACUGGGUUUUUUAAUUUAUUGGUUUAAUUUACUGGUGAAUAUCCAAGGAUUCUUAGAGCGUCUAGGGAAGAGUUUAUAAAGUAUUCAUAGCUUAACCCUUUAAUGUUUCACUGACAUUUUCCAACAAUUGGCCCCAAAAAGUUGUCUGAGAUUUUUUUAAACAUUUCUCAACUUUGAGCAAAACAAUUAUGAAUACAAUGCCCAUAUAUUUAUAAUUCUCUACUUAUUUUCCAUAUUCAAAUUAUAUACAUAUACAUUAAAAGGUAUUAUAUUAUUGAACCCCUGGUAUCUUAGUUUUUAAUACAUGUUCUCUGAGCAAAACUCAGCUCUAACUUCACAUACAUACACAGUUGCUUUUUCUUAGCAAUAAAAAGACUUAGUUUGCUAUAGUCUUCUUCCAGGAUAUCCUGUCUUAAGUCCUUGAGAUUUCUGGUGGUCUCCCAUCCACGUAUUAAACAUGUUCACCCCUGGCUAUCAUCCACACUUAAAUAUGUUCAGUCAGGUACAAAUCUGCUUAGGCUGAUUAUGUAUCAUCAGGUUGUUAACCCAUAGUGAAUACACAGAUAGUUUUCUAUGCAAUUUGUUCCUAAAAUGGUCCUUCCAAAUAUGUUCCCCCCCACUAACUGAGUCCAUCCACCUUGCUGCUGUUUGUCCUCUUCUGUCUUUCCUUCUGCCCCUUUCCCAACAUUAGAGCUUUUUUCCCAGAGACCCAUAUCUUCACAACAUUUCUAAAGUAGGAUAAUUUAUUUUAUUUUCUAUUUUAUUUAUUUUAUCAAGCAUGAAUUAGACAACAUAUAUAUGCAUAAACAAGAUUUUGGAUACAUGUAAUGGAUACGAAUAAAAAGAAAGAUUAGGACAAGGGACGGUAGGCACAUUGCACAUUUGACCCUGGUCAUUUGUGUCUUGAGUGAAGGCUCUUGGGAUGAUUUCUUUCAAGAUCCAUUUAUUUAUUUUUUUCAGCUGGCCAGUAUUCUCAGGAGUCGACACCAAGCCUUGCAGCAGAAUGACUUCUUGAGGAAUUUGUUCUGAGCUGAGCUGUCAAAAGACCACAAAACAAAACACAUUCUUUUCUUCAUGCCUACACUCAAACAACCCACCCACCACCCUAUGGCCUUUUGUGUGGGGCCUCCUCAACAGCCCCUAUUCGGGGAAGCUAUCGACACACAGAAAGCAAACUCUGAUUCACAUACGCACGUAACCCCCUAGGGACUAUGUCAACCAGCCCACGGUUGUGUCCUUCGCAAAAACUUUUUCAACGGCGAUCCCUCCCAACAGACAAAGAACAAGGCAGGCCGCUAACUCAAGGUUAUCUCCGCCGAUAAGCCCUAUCACGUCCGCUCUUCCCCCCUCCAGCCCAGACGCCCCUUCCAAGCUUCCCACUCCGCGCCAAGAAGGUGCGAGGGAGGGAAGCGGAGGCGGGGCCGGAGAAGGAGCGAACGGGCGGGCAGCGCUCCUCACAUGUGGCGGGAGGCCUCUCUUCUUUAAUGAAAACAUGAGUCAGCGGCUGGCGUCGGCCGCGGAUUUUCUAAACAUUUCCUCAUAUCCUGAGAAAGGGGCGAACCGAGGGAGGAGGGGAAGAUGGAGGCUGGUAGGCGAGGCGUGGGGGGGGGGGGGCAGAAUCGAAAGCAGGCAUCCACAUCAGAGAGAGAGAGAGAUGGGGUUGAGAAACUCGCAACCCUUAAAAAAGUCCCGUUUUGAUGAACCGAUCUGCACCAUGCACAGAGAGAACGCGCACACACCGAUUCGGAUGGGGUCGUUCCGCUAAGGAGGAUGGGAUUCGAACCGUUCGCACCAGCUUUCCUCCAGCUUUCGUCUUCCUCUGACUUUUUUUGACCCGCUUCGGGCUGCAAAGCGCCUUUGGGCUGUUGCGCUUUUCAGUUCCAGUUACUUGAACCUAUCCCCCCCCCCCCAACCCGCUAAAUUGCCCCUCUCCUCCAGAAAGGAAAAGAAUCAAAGGGGUUCCUUUCUUUUUCUUUUUCCUUUUCCAUCCUUCCUGUCUCUGUCUGCGAGCGCGAUCCAAAAAGUUUGAACCCAAAGUAGGAUUAAAUCAACAACCGCAAAGCCUCAUUCCUGGCAGAGGCUUCUUGUUGAUUUUAAAAGAACCGCUGCAGAGCAAAGGCUCGGUUUAGGAUCCUGUGACGAAUACUCUGGGGGGUAAUAAAAAAACAAACCAGAGGCUCUAGCCAGGCAGUGGGCAUCCUUCUCCUCCUCCCCCCCCCAGUCCCGCCCCUUCAAGCUUCAGACAACCCUCCCUAGGCAUUUUUUUCCCCUUUUCCUUUUUUUUUUUUUUUUGGCAAGACUGCAUAACUCAGCUGAAGGACUCGGAGCAGUCGGAGAAACUUCAGAGGAAAGAUAAAACGAAGUUUUGGAGGGGAGUCCCAGCAAGUUCUGGGCGCCGUUUGGCGAAAGCCCUUUCUGCUAAGUUAAGGGCCAUAUAUCUGGCAUAUUGCUUGAAAGAUGCUUUGGCCUAAUCAGUUCCAUUGAAAUCAAUACAGCAGAGAAAACUCUACAGUGCCUUAAGGGUACUGCAUGAAACAGAACUGACAGCCAUGAUGCCUGCUUUCUUUCGGAAGAUGCUGGUCUUCUUGGUCCUCUUCCUCACAAGUGCGAAAGAAAUCAGCUCCCUGGAAAUUACUCCCAGUGCCCACGAAGUUGUCCUCAAUCUCUACACUGAUUUUACCGUGAAAUGUUCAGGCCACAAGGAGGUUAUCUGGAAAACAGACAACAAGCAUACCAAAUUAGACACUGUCCUGGAGAAAAGGGACACCAUUUUUACCAAUACCCUUACGUUAAGGAACUUGACUGGUUUGAACACAGGUGAAUAUUCCUGUUCCGACGAUCAACACCUGGAUGGAAAGGCCAUCUACGUUUUUGUACCAGAUCUCUCCAUGCCUUUCCUACCAAACAACCAGGAAGACACCUUUGUGUUCAGCACAGGCUACAGUGAAGUCAUUAUUCCUUGCCGUGUGACAAACCCCAAUGCCACGGUCUCUCUUCAUGAAAAGAGGGUUAAUGAUCCAGCCCCUGGAGUGUAUUUUCCACAGCAAGGCUUUAAAGGGCAGUUUGAAGACAAGGCCUACAUCUGCAAGGCAACAAUAGAAGAUGAAGAGUUUGAGUCUGAAACAUUCUAUGUUUACAAUCUCCAAGUUCCUCCUCCUACAUCCUUCAUCAAUGUUUCUAUCAGUGCGUUGCAAACUAUUUUGAAACAAGGUGAAAAUGUCGUUGUGACAUGUACAGUAAGAGGCAUUGAGCUGAUCGGUUAUAUCUGGAGUUAUCCUGGACAGACGGUAGGCAAGGAGGUAAAACCCGUGACACAUAUUUUUCCAGGAGUCAAACAUUAUACUAGUUCCGUCCUAACUAUUCCAAAUGCAGAAUUGGAUGAUCAAGGUCUAUAUGCAUGUGAGGCCACGGACACGUAUUUUGGACAAAAAGAAGAAAAAAAUAUCUUUAUCAGAGUGAUUGAGCGUGGCUUUGUGACUUUUCACACUGUUCUGAAUGAGACCGUAUUUGCAGAACUGCACAAAAGUCACACCUUUUUGAUACAGAUUGAAGCCUAUCCAACUCCAACCAUUGUCUGGUUUCAGAAUAACAAGACCCUGAAUUCUGAGAGCAACAGUGAUUUUGCUAUCAACAGCAGGAAUUUGUCAGAAACCAGGUAUCAAACUACUUUGACCCUUGUAAGGGUGAAAGCAAGUGAAGGAGGUUUGUACACUGUCCGAGCAUUUCAUGAAGAUGACUUCAAAGAGCUCUCCUUUUAUUUGCAGAUUAAUGUCCCAGCUACAGUGAUUGAACUGAGAGACAGUAGCAACAAAACAAAUGGUGAGCAAACAGUGAUUUGUACUACAGAAGGAAUGCCUCAACCAAAGGUUACCUGGUAUACCUGUAAUAAUGACAAAUGGUGUGCGGGGAAAACUACUAUGAUCCUGGGAAACACCUCAGAAGAAAUGAAUCUGCAAACAAAUUUCACUUAUGAAGAUGACCGAAAAGUAUACAUUGUGACAAGCAAGCUCCAUUUCCACAGAGUAGAUGAACCUAUCUUUAUCCAAUGUGCAGCUCAAAAUCUCCUUGGUGCACACACUCAGCAAAUCACCCUGGUUCCAUAUAAUCCACCUUUUAAAGUGAUCGUUAUUUCAGUAAUCGUGGCUUUUGUGAUUCUCAUGGUUCUUUUCCUGGUGAUCCUCAUUUUCUUGUGGCGAAAAAAGCCUCGAUAUGAAAUUCGCUGGAAGGUGAUUGAAUCCGUCAGCUCCGAUGGGCAUGAAUAUAUCUACGUGGACCCUAUGCAGUUGCCUUAUGAUUCCAGCUGGGAAGUCCCAAGGGACAGGCUGGUUUUAGGGCGUACGUUGGGCUCUGGAGCUUUUGGCCGUGUGGUGGAAGCAAUUGCUCACAGCCUCAGCCAUUCCCAGUCCACCAUGAGAGUUGCUGUGAAAAUGCUCAAGUCCACAGCCCGAAGCAGUGAAAAGCAGGCUCUGAUGUCAGAACUGAAGAUCAUGAGCCACCUUGGGCCUCACUUGAACAUUGUCAACUUGCUUGGUGCUUGCACCAAAGGAGGUCCCAUCUACAUCAUAACCGAAUAUUGUCGCAAUGGAGACCUGGUGGACUAUCUUCACAGGAACAAACACACCUUCCUGCAGUGCUACAGUGAGAAGACCAAACAAGAAGCAGAAUUAUAUGGGAAUGGCAUGCGUCUGGACCGGCUGCAAAGCCAUGCAUCCGGAUCAAUAGAAAGCGAUGGGGGCUACAUGGACAUGAGUAAGGAUGAAUCACUAGAUUAUGUGCCCAUGUCUGACAUGAAGGGUGAAAUCAAGUAUGUAGACAUUGAUUCUUCCAAUUAUGGCGCGACCUAUGAGCUGGACAGCUAUUCGCCAUCAGCUUCAGAAAAAGUGACCUUGAUCAGCGAGUCUCCUCUCCUCAGCUAUAUUGAUCUUCUUGGAGUUAGCUUCCAAGUGGCUAAGGGAAUGGAGUUCUUAGCUUCUAAAAACUGUGUGCACCGUGAUCUGGCUGCAAGAAACGUACUGAUCUGCGAAGGGAAACUGGUGAAGAUCUGUGACUUUGGCCUAGCCAGGGACAUCAUGCGGGAUUCAAAUUAUAUUUCCAAAGGAAAUACCUUCUUGCCUUUGAAAUGGAUGGCCCCUGAGAGCAUCUUCAACAACCUCUACACUACCUUAAGUGAUGUAUGGUCUUUUGGGAUUCUUCUAUGGGAAAUAUUCACUCUAGGUGGGACGCCAUAUCCCGAAUUGCCUAUGAAUGAGCAAUUCUAUAAUGCUAUUAAACGUGGCUACCGGAUGUCCAAACCUACCCAUGCCUCCAAUGAAAUCUAUGAAAUUAUGCAGAAAUGCUGGGAAGAAAAGUUUGAGAUCCGACCAUCUUUCUCUCAACUGGUAGUACUUAUGGGGAACCUGCUAACAGACAGUUACAAGAAGAAGUAUCAACAGGUCAAUGAAGAGUUCUUGAAAAGUGAUCACCCUGCUAUUAUGCGUACAAGGCCCAGGAACACAGAAUUCAGUCCUUCUAGGUCCACUGCGAGUGACAAUGUCAGUUCAAGUUCUGUCCUCUAUACAGCUGUGGAGCAGAAUGGAGUGGACAAUGAUUAUAUCAUUCCUUUGCCUGAUCCUAAACCAGAGGGAGACAAUAACCAUCCCCCGGAGGCCUCUAGCAGCAGAGCAAGUUCAACCCUGAAUGAAGCAAACACUUCAUCUACUAUAUCUUGUGACAGUCCUUUAGCCCCCGAGGAAGAAGAACAAGAAAGCAUCUAAAUAGAUUGCUAGGGUUACUAGAGCUCUGUGUUCCUGUAUAUGGUAGUACUGGGGAGUUCCAUCCAGCGGAAGAACGUGCAUAUCCCCCUUUGUUCAGUCAUAUCAAAAUACAGUUGCAGCUUGUCCCUCUUUUGUCUGUUAUCUAAAACAGAAGCCUGGAAUUAUUGAAAGAGGUCUUUUCUGAGACCAGGAGUAUCAGAGUAGGACCACAGACUAAAUCAGAACAAUUCAAGUCAGUAUUGUGUGUUAAUUGUGGCUUCUGAAUUGGGAUUGUGGUUUUUUUUUCAAUCUUCAAUGCAUAAUUUGCUCUUCCAUCACGAUAUGCAUUUGUUCAUCAUUCCUGUUUCCUCCUGCUAAAUCAAAAUGCCAGAAGAAACUCUAUGACACAUUCUCUUCACUUAAUAGCCACAAUAAUUUCUGGAUGAAAUGGUUCUCCCCAUGACAAAUUCACAUUCCACAAGAUCAAGCAAAAGAGUCUACCAAUUUAAAUUGGGACAAACGCCUUUUUGAUUCUUGCAACUUUACAUGACUGUUUUUUACCGAAUUUUCUCGGAAAGCCUUUUAAAACAUGUAUCCCUAGAAAGGAUAGAAAAUGGACAGAUGAUCAGGAAAAUCCAAUAUAGAAAUCACUCAAGACUCAAAAAAGUUUUGUCCAUUGUUUAAGAUUUAUAAUUACUGAACUUCAAACUCAGACAUUUAAGCUGGGGCCUGGCUUUAUUCUUAAGUUCCCCACUUCUUUCAUUACAGCAUUCCAAGGUAAAUGAUUUCAUGAGUUACAGGUACUCAGAUACUGCAGCUGCCCAGGCAGUAGCUAUGGACAGUAAGCUAAAGCAGCAAUUUUUGUGGAAAGAAAUAAUAAUACAGAGUGCAUGGAGACUCAUCUACAGAUUUAGCCAAGGAACCAAAAGGAACAGUCAAUGCUGUAUUUUCAGCAGAUUGCCUUUUCAUUGGAUGAAAUGAAGAGAUUUAAAAGGAAUGCUUGGAUUUAUCCAAGAUCGUAAGAGGAUGAAAAAUGGAUCAUACUUUUUUUUCCCCUCUUUCUGCUUGUGCACUUUGUAAGCAAAAAGCCUCACUGCCUAAUUGGCAGCCAUACCUUUGGUUUAUUGCAGAGGGUUAUUGGUAACCACCAUUGUAUUCUGCUGAAUCCUAGAGGUAUUCAGUUGCAACAGGUAGAUCUUGGGAAAUGAGGUUGGACCUAAUUUAGUCUUUGAUGGGAUUUUAACAACUAAUACAAAAUCCGAAGGCUGUAGGCUGGUCAGGAAAUUGAAAAACUUUCCCAGGGUACAAGAAGCUAUUUUAUUGUGACCAGUUAAGCUUCAUUGACAUGCAUUUGUCACUUGCAGUAAUUGGACUUAAUUAUCAUUAUUCAGUCUUUCUGAGGCUGGAGACAGCACUUAAUAACUUUGGGCUGCAAUAUCCACGGCCCAAAAUAACUUCCAGGAUGCUCAAAAGUGGAUCUAUACUCACUAGGCAGAAAAAUCAAGGAGAUGUAGGUCCCGUAGCAGUUCCUAUGUGUCUUACCCUACAUAAAUUGGAGAUCCACCACCCUAGUGGAUCUGUAGUAAUAUGGCACAAUGAUGAGGAUUGCUUUGGCUGUGGCCGCCAUCUUGCCUUUUUUAAUCCAGUGACAAUACCUCAGUACUCCCCAUUGGCUGCUACUUAGGUUUAAUGAGCAGAAAGCUGAAAUGCUUUUGCGCAUUUAAUGUGUCCUUUGCUCUGCACAAUGCAAACAUGUAUCCCAGUUUUGCUUCACUCAGAAGCAACCUAUUACAAAAAGGCUUUUUUAAAAAAAGGAUACAAGUGUCUUUUUUCGUACCAGAGGUAGUUCUAAAGUGUCUCAAUAUCCUCAAUAAAAAAAGUAUUUUAUAUGGGUACGUGUAUGUAUGGAUCAUACAGAUAGACAGGAGGGUAUAUAUAGUGAUUAUUUCCCUCUGGUUGAUCUAUUAGCAAUUUCCCAUUUUUGAAAUAAUAUUCAUAUUUACCUCCUUAGCUUUUGUCAAUGUUAUAUUUGUUUUUUUAAGGCACAGAGUAUUUGUUAAAUGUUUAGUUGAUGUGGCAACUAUAGAGUAAGGGAAUGUUUGCAGGCAAACAUGCCAAUUUGAAGUCCAAUGUUACAAUACUUAAAAUGAAUUAUUCUAUAAAUUAUGGCCAGUACUAUGCCUAUCUCCUUCAAAUACCGUAUAUUAUACACUUUUUUCAAUCAGCUUUUAAAAUUAUUUUGUGAUAACAUUUUCUAAUUAUCACCCAAUCGAUUAUAUUGUCUAUUGAAAAUACAAAAAGCAUCAGGCCUCUAAUUGUAUCAUAAGGUUUCUGAGAAGGUAAACCACAGUUAGAUCUCUGACAUGCUUUUUAGUCUUUAAUAAUAUAGCAUCACUACAACUUACUCCUACAUUCCUAAACAUUUUAUUUGUAAGAUAUAUAUUUUUAAUUUUUAGCCUACUUUGUACAGACAGUUAUAGAGUUUUUUGAAAUGAAUCACACAUUGCACAUUUGUCACAAACUGAUUUAAAACAAAUUUAUAUUGAACAGUUAAUCAUUUCACUGGUCAAAUAGUUUAGUUCCCAGGUAGGCCACCUGACUUCAGAUGUGCCCAAUAUGAAUUCUUUGCAUCUUUUCUUAAAAUAAUAAGGAGGCAGGUCAAAAAUUAGACAGGCAGCUAACAAAAUGAUGGGAUGAGAUGGGAUGGGAUAUCGUUUUAGAUUUGCUUAGCUUUUUAAGAAUGCAGGGCCAAAUACAAUUCACAGCAGUAUUAGCUAAGAUGAUGAUGGUUAUUAUUAUUUUAAUUUUAAUAGUUUCCUUGAUGAGGAGCUUCAUUUGUCUUUCGGCACACUGAACUGAGCAGUUUUUCAAUUGCACUUCUUGGAGUUUAAGUGCUUUAGGUAAAAUUGUUUCUGGCCAAGUGAAACAACCAAGGACACUGCCAAUAUAGAGGACCCACACUACACUAUCACCACCAUGUCAUAGUGUGAAGUACUAGGACCUUAUUUUCAGAAACAUUUGUUGAUCUAAAAUAAAGAUUAGUUUUCUUUCAUAGAAGACUGUUCUACUGCUGCUGCUUCUUCUCACUCAAAAGCUAAAUGACAGAUAAUCUGUCAGAAAGAAAAGUGAUAAGAAAUCUCCCUUCCCCUCACUCCAAAUUAUUAGGUGCCAUUUGCUUUUCUCAGAUGCUUCCAUUCAUUAUGAUUUGCUAGGUCUCCUAUCCCAAAUGACUCCAAGCCCUUCCAGUUCUAGCUCCUCCUCCUGAAGUUAGAUGAGUGAGCAAUGUUGAUGAGUCUUUCACGUUGGCUAGAUGGAAAGGAGAAAGCAAGAGUCAACUAACCAAAGGGUCCUUAUGCCGUCAUGAAUUUAAUAGCGAUAAUCUGACAUAAGAUAAUAAUAUAAUAUUUUUAAACAACCAUUCACUACGGUACUUUUAUAUUGAUGAUAAUUGGCUUGCUUGGUUAUUGGAUUAGUUUGCAAGUUUGUUCUUUUGUAUGUUUGUUUGGUUUCAUAAUAUUAAGAAGAGUGAAUCAAAACCAACAGUUUCAGUCUUGAAUGAAACAUGAUAAACUUGGAACAUCUAUCAAUUUUUGCAAACUUGAUUUCAUCUUUAUUAUUUUUCCAUCUUUCUAUAAUGUUUUAAUCUACAAUUGUUGCAAUAAAGCUCAUAUAUAAAUACGUAUCUUUCUACAUCCAGAAACCACUAUUAGCCAGAUUUUAUAAAACUAUGGUCACACUAGUGUUAUUUUCAAAAUAAAUAAUAUUUUUCUUUAUGAUGCAUACACAAUUUUUAUCAUUUGUCUUUCCUUUCCCUUUGGAUUGUAUUGGUUAUACCAUUCACUGGAAGAAAUUGGAUAGGGUAGAGUUUUGCUUGUUGCAUUACAAAAUCUAGUGUAUAGGGAAUAUUUGACAAAAAUGCACUGCAUUGUACAAUUUCCCUAAAGCUUUUUGGUAGGUUAAAACAUGGGGAAUACAAUGCAAUUAAUUGUUCUCUUGGAAGUUGCCUGGGUAUUGGCAUUUAAAGCCUUUAUUGGCCUUAAGUUGAUCCUGCAAAGUAAGUAAACCUUGCAAAGGCAUUUUGAAUUCUAAAUCAAGCAAGUGUUUAGAGGCAAUCAGGAGGGAUUGGAAAAUCAAUUUCUUCACUUUGGUUUAUUCAUUAUUACAGAUUUCUUAAACAAAGUGGGAAACCUUUCUCAAUUCAUGGACAUAAUCUUAUUCAGCAAUUUACUCAUUGCAAACUGAAAUUUAGUUUCCACCUUAGAGUUAAAUCAGAGAAGAAUAUUUCAUCAGCAAUGAAGAUCCUUUGAAGAAUUUUCAAUUUUUUUGGAGCUGAUUCUUAUGUUACUCUACAAUGAUUCAGAGGGAAAUGGAUCAAAGCAAGGGGUUUGUAACUUCCAUUUUCAAAUAAAAUUUUGAUGAAGCAGUCUAUAAAUCAUUGAUCAUCAUCCCUGCAUCUUUGUAAUGUUUUAAACUAUAGUGGCAUACAUUUCCUUCCUGCUUUGAGAAUAUGUUUUGCAAUUCUGAAUAAGGGAAAUUGAGAUUAAAUAUGGAGUCAGAAGAUUUAGGUCAAGAUGGGAAAGUACAGGGGAUGUAACCAAGCCAACAUAUUUUGUUCAUGUUUUCUAGUGAGAAUCAUACUGAUUCUAUAUGUAUUUACUCUGGCCUUUGUAUUUACUUCUUGGAAGUUUUCAUACAAAUUUCUAUCACCUAAAUUACUGGAUAAUCUAGAUUAUCAUUGCAUAAAGCCAUCUUCCACUUAGCAUAUCUUCCUUCCUUUUUAAAAAUAAAAAUCUUGAAUAUU